AUGCCCAUACAGUUGGCGUUCGAGCUUCAAGCACCAGCAGCGGCGGACGCCGCGACGUCCGGCCGUGUGCCGCUCCGCCCGCCCCGCGCGGCACCUGGCCUUCUCUGCAUGUGGUCGCGCGUCCACGCCCGGCCGUCCCCGUCGCCGACUAUUCGCGAGCACCCGCCUCCACAACCCUCUCCCGCGCUCCAGCCGUCUCUGCUGCGCCCGCUCGCCAGCGCGGCCUCAGACUCGGCCGCCUCCGGCCACAGCCGCCCGCCGGCCCGCUGCCCUGGCCGGCUUCCUCAUGCCCGCCUCGGUCGUCCGGCCGCGCCUGGUUUUCCUCCGGCUCCGCGCCCGCUGACGCCCGGCCCCGCCUGGCCGCCUCCGCCUCACGCGCGCAUCGUGCUUUCCGAGCCGCCCAGCCCUCCGGUUUCCUCCGCCUCCCGCGCACCCGGUCAGCACCGGCUCCAUGUGUCACCGCUCCGACUCCCGCGACUGCGCGCGCGCCGACUCCGCCGGGCCGCCUGCUCCGCGUCCCCCCCGCGCAGUCCGGCUGCUCCGGACCCGGCUGCGCCGGCUGCCGUUGCCCCGUGCCGGCCUCUGUCCCCCAGCGUCCGAUGGCUCCCCGCCGGCUUCGCCCACUCGCACGCGUCCCCUUCUCCGCCCCGUCGCGCCUGCCGGGUCGCUGCGGCCGCCCGCUCCUGCAACGGCCGACUCCGGGCCCCGCCGGCUGCCGGGUGCUUCAUGCCGGCCUCGCCCCUGGCCGCAUGCCGCGCCUGCAGGCGCCACCUCUCCCGCACGCCUGGCCACCUCGCGCCCGCUCGUGUCGACCGGGCCGACCCUACCGCCUGUUGUCACCGCGUUCCCAGGCUGGCUUCCGCUGGUCGGCAGUAG